UGGAUUUCGAAAUCAGUAUCACCUGCAACCGCGACUUGAGCUUAACGAGCUACUUGAGCUACUUAAUUCCCCCCAUCAAAAAUGUGCAAGAUUAGCCUUAUCGUUGCUGCACUUUGCCUAGUGGCGUGCUGCUAUGCUGCUGACGAAUCGGACGCCGUUGUCACCAAGUAUACAUCUCAAAUUAAUGAGGAUGGCACGUAUGGCUAUGAAUAUGGAACCUCUAACAAUAUCCAGGGCCAAGAAUCUGGAGUUGGUGGCGCUUAUGCUCAGGGAUCUUAUUCCUACAUUGCUCCCGAUGGACAGCCCAUUCAAAUCGAGUAUACAGCUGAUCAGAACGGUUACCAACCCAAGGGUGAUCAUUUGCCAACACCUCCUCCAAUUCCCGAUUACAUUCUGAGGGCUUUGGAAUACAUCGAGACCCAUCCCUUCCCAAGAAUUCAGCUGAAGAAAUAAGCACACAUAUCUGUGAAGAAACCGCUGUACCUGUUGUUAGAUUAAUUUAGUAAAAUGUUGACUAUUGUGUAAUACUUUCUU